UCCCUCUCCUCGAAUCGUAAACGCUUUGACCAUUGGAUUCCCACAGACAAACGGACAGAGAAAGAGAAAGCGGGUAGUGUUCAACGAAGUUGCAUCGAUUUUUCCUUUCAUAUGCAGAGGCAUUGUGGAGGCAACUUCAUUUCUGGGUACCAGAUCCAUUUUUUCUUCAACGGUUUCAUUUUCGCCUCUGAUUCGAUCGCAAACCAGAGACACAAAGGGAGUCUUUAGGCGAUAACCGGGAUGAUUGUUUGUAACCCAGGCACAAUGGGAUGAAUUAUGAUGCAACAGACGAAGGAACCUUAAAGCUGUGGCAUUUUGAGGUCCUCAUUGGAAUGUUGCAGUGAAAAGUGUAGGAAAUAAUUACACUAGUGGGCAAAAGCAUAGGGUGGAGUAGAACUUACGUGAUUCUCUUAGCCCACCCCCACUAAAUCAUCAAAAGGUGAAGAGGUGCCGUUCUUGGUUUGCAUGCAAGUCCCUUGAAAAUCCAGCAGGCUAGUCAUUGUUAAUAUGGUUCUAUAGGUUGUCAAUUGUUUGAAGGGUGAAGAUGGCCUUCUAUUCUGAGGAUGAAAAAACUGAAGAUUACCUAUUCAAGAUUGUUUUGAUUGGUGAUUCAGCUGUCGGGAAAUCGAAUUUGCUCGCGAGGUUUGCAAGAAAUGAAUUCUAUCCCAAUUCCAAGUCCACUAUAGGGGUAGAGUUCCAAACCCAGAAAAUGGAUAUCAAUGGUAAAGAAAUUAAAGCUCAAAUCUGGGAUACAGCUGGUCAGGAGCGGUUUAGGGCUGUCACAUCUGCAUAUUACCGAGGUGCGGUUGGAGCUCUUCUGGUAUAUGACAUUACUAGACGCCAGACCUUUGACAGCAUUGGCAGAUGGCUUAAUGAGCUUCAGAGUCACUCUGACAUGAAUGUCGUAACAAUACUUGUUGGCAACAAGUCUGAUCUCAAGGAUGCGAGGGAGGUGACAACAGCAGAAGGCAAGGACUUGGCGGAGGCACAGGGUUUAUUUUUCAUGGAAACUUCAGCUCUGGAUUCCUCCAAUGUGGUUGCGGCCUUUCAGACGGUGGUUAAAGAGAUAUUCAAUAUUUUAAGUCGGAAAGUAAUGCUAUCUCAAGAACUCAAGAAGCAGGAUGCUCCAUUGAUGGGGAGUGGAAAGACUGUAGUUUUACAAGGAGACGGAACCCAAGAAGCAGAUACUCGGCCCAAAAAAGCUGGGUGUUGUUCAUCUUGACAUUCAGAAGUUCUACCACUUUUCUUCUUCUCCAAGUGUUAAACUUCUUUACAUUUGUUGUUUUUACUUGUAAGGCAGAUAAUGGCUGAGUAGCUUAUGUAAAUGACCUUUUCUGGGUACUAAAGAAUUACCAUACAAAAUUUGAUUCUCAUUGAAUUC